GUGAAUCGUUUGGUGAUAAUGGGAAUUCAUUGGGAAAUCGUGAAGAUUAUAUACUGUCGUUUUCUAAAUUUACCAUAAGUUCACUUCAUAGUUGGUGCCAAUGGCUCCCGUAAUCGGACAGGAAGUGGCCAGGCGGGAUUCCAUCGGCAGUUGCGAUGCUUACCGGGAACUGCAGGACGUUUCUUCCGUAGAACUCAUGAGGGAGUCCAUUCUACGAUCCAUCUCUUCCUCGGUUCUUAAUAAUCAGAAAAGAUACAAUCACAUAGAAGAAACUUCUCACCUCAGCCAACCUAAUAUAGAAGUGAAAUUUCUGGAAAAAAGCUGCUCUUUAUUUAGCUCGUCAAAAUCACAUUCGGAAGAAACAAAAUUACCAGAACAAAUUCCCGAAAGGGAAUCACCUGAAAAGAAUGAAUCAAAAUACUUGCCUCUGCCUGAUUUUGAGGUCAGUGGCACUUUCGAAGCCAGUGGGGAAUUUUUGAAGGAAAACGAUAGUAAUAAAAGACAAGAAGACCUUGGUAGUAUUGAUGAUGCUACUUCAAAACCUAAAUAUUCAGGUAGAAACAGUCUAAAGUUAGCCAUCAGAAGCAAAAGUGAUGGUAUUUUCGAAGACUGCUCCACUUACAACAUCUCUUGUCCCGACGCCAGCCCUGAAUUUAGAAGCAACGAGAUUUUCACAAAUUCCAUUGCUGGUUACUCUUCCAGUGCCUCUUUAGAAACCUCAUCUGAAACUAACUACACCUGUUCGGAUUCUGAAAUCUCCUCUUCGAACACUCUGAAUAGUCCGGACGAGCAGACGUCCUUGUGCGAUACUUUUUUCACGCACUUGGACAACAACGACGGCGGACAGCUGCUGAAAGGCCAAUUUCAGUAUCCGAGACCAACAAGUAGCAAGACUCCAGAACAGGCAGGAAGGAGUAAUAAAGUAACAAGAGAGGAUGGCGUCGAAAAGAGUGAAGAUGUUGUAGAUACCUCUAGGUCUCAGAAUGGAGGAAGGAGGAACAGCAAGAAGAUCCGUCGAAGACAGCGGAAAAAUCACGCAAGAGAUCCUCUGACAUACGACUGUCCGAAGUGCGGUGUCUCUUACGUUAUUGCCUCAAAAAUGGCAAACGAUGGCGUGUGUUUUCAUUGUGAUAUGUGGACUUCCGUCGAGCCUGAAUUCGUCAAAAGAGAAAAACUGAUGACAUGGAACACCUGCCGUAUAUGCUAAGAUCAUUUAGAUUCGUAAGACAUCCAGGAUCGUAUCAUCUUUUUUUUUUUCGUUCCCAGUUGUCAUCAAUAUUUUAGAUUCCACAGUGGGAACAGUAAUAUUCCUACAACCUAUUUUAUUAUAACAAAUGGCAUAAACAAACUGGCAUUAUGGAACUUGCUCUUGGACGUCAUACUCAUCUUGUUCUCUUAUCGUUCAAUCAUACACACAAAAGAGUUAAUUUACUGCAACAAUAACCCUUUUAGUUGCUGAAAAAUGCACGUAUAUAUUUGUAAUAAAUCAUGUGUAAGUUGAAAGGUGUUUACUGCUUUCAAGUUUGAAUUUUUCGAAAUAAA